AAAACAAACGUCAAACAGAAGAGUGGGCAUUUUGUUGUUUCUGUUUAGAUGCUGGGAAGUUUCCAUUCAGCUCCAGUCAGCUAGGGAGCCCAUCCUCUCCUUGAGUUCGAAUUGCACCGCGGAGCCUGUGGCCUUGUGUCUUUCAGAACAUCUGCUAACCAUUACGUUCUGCCGCAGCAGGUUUGAUUCAGGCUUGGGGAACGAAUAAAGCACAGAGGGAAUUCCUUUUGCUAUAUCGGUCACGCGCCCACCUUGCACCGAGCGAUGGACACAGGAACUGCCAUGGCGACAUCAUCGGUGUCCGUCACCACGGCUGAGGACCGCCAUGGUAAAGCUGCGGCAACGGACACAGCACCGGCAUCAGAUUGUGCCGCAAUGGCAGCUGCAGCAGUAGCAGCCGAUGGUGCCACCUUUAGGGUUGUCUUCAAGAAACAAACACACAAUGUUACCAUGGGCACAUCGUGCUCGGUCGGCGAGCUCAAGGCUCAUGCGGAAGCAUUAACAGGUGUUCCUGUCUCAAUGAUGAAGCUCAUGUUCAAAGGUAUGCUGAAGGACGACAAUAAAACGCUAGAGGCCGUCGGCAUCAAAAGCGGCUCCAAGCUGAUGGUGGUCGGCUCGACAGUGGAUGAUGUAUUGGCCGUCACAGCACCCGUUGCUGCGGCAAGUGCAUCGGCAUCGUCCUCCGCUAGUGCAGAGAAGAAGUCCACCAAGCUAUGCGACAUGGAGAAACAUAAAAAGAUCAUCUCGAAAGGCAAGCCGGAGGAUGCCACCAUCGGCAUCAUCGGACAACAUGACCCUCUGCCUCAGGUUCCUCUCUCGGGCAUGGUCAACAGUAUCAAUGGCAAGGUGCGGCUGACCUUCAAGCUUGAGCAGGACGAGCUUUGGAUUGGAACAAAAGUUCGCACAGACAAGAUUCCAAUGUCGCAGAUUCAGAACAUCGUCUCGGAACCGAUCACCGGACAUUCAGACUAUCAUGUCAUGGGACUCCAGCUGGGCAGCACAGAGCAGUCUCGCUACUGGGUGUAUUGGGUACCCAGUCAGUUUGUCAACUCCAUCCGCCGCACCGUCCUGGGUCAUCUCUAACCAUGGCACUCUCUCCAACAAGGACAACAGCACAUCGACGAUGUUGACAAAACUCUAUAGCCGCCACGUGCUAACCUCUGCGGUGGCGUAGCGCUGCGUUUGGUACGAUACCACCGACUCUAACAGCUAGCACUCUGCCGCUGCAGUGGCUCUAGUCAUGUCUUCUUCUAGCAGUAGUUGUUCUCUCCCAGGCCGCUGCUGCUGUUCCUUGGUUUGCGUUGUAGCACUGGAUGAGCGCGUUGUUUCUUUGGGCUGCCCUGUCGUGUGCCCCUGUGCGCGCGGUUUAGCGAGAUGAUGAUGUGGAUUGUAGUCAUUGCAGCUUGCUGAUCUCUGCCUGCUUGCGUCCCAUAGUGAGCCAGUCUACUGACGGUGGUUGUUGUCACCGGGUGCCCAGCUACCUCGCCCUUGCCCUCCUGUUGCAACCGCCGGUGUGGUACCUUUGCAAAGACUGCUGUCGAGCCCGUGCUGUUUUCGUGUGCCGUGGCUGACAGUGUUUUGAGCGCUGUGUAUAUUUGCGUGUUUGUGUUUGUGCCUGUGUGUUUGUGUUUGUGUUGCCAACCUCACUUUAAUGCUGAUUAAAAUUCACUGCUGAUGCUAUGCAUGCUGCUGUUGCUGCUGCUGCUAAGUCCGUUGUACCAGUGCUGGUGUGACGGGCCACAAGCAUGCUUGUUUUGUGCUGGGUUAUUUUGCUGAUCUUUUGCAAGUGUGGAUACGCCCGGCUAACCGACCGGCUGUUUUUUUCUUCUCUUGCUGCUGCAGUAGUGUGUGUGUGUGUGUGUGUGUGUGUCUGUGUGUGUGUGUGUGUCUGUCUGUCUGUCUGUCUGUGUGUGUCUGUCUGUGUUACAAAGUGCAUUGUUCAUGCAAGUGUGUUGAGUAUGGUGAUGGGAAGGUGGUUCACCCCCAUCUCCACAUUGUUUAGUUGGUGACUGCUAGUACGGCUCGUGAGCUUCUUGUCAUCAUUCAGUUACGCGCUAUUGCCGCAGCACUCCAUCUCCCGGCUGUGCGUAUGUGUUUGUAUGUGUGUCUGUCUGUGUGUCUAUGUCUGGGCCUGUGAGCCUGUGCAAGCAUGCGUGCAGGAAACUCCUUUUUGCCAAUAGCCGGGGCCGCUCUGGGGCUAUGUUGGAGCUCGUACACAACAGGCCGUCGCCGGGAUGCUCUCUUGACUAAUAUACUACGUGCAAAUAUUGCUGCACUCUGCUGCGCUGUGCCGACCGGCUGUGGUCCAAUGGCAAUCACACGUCUUGCGGCCUCCCCUUGCUCGUACGCUUUCUGGAUACCAGCUGUCUAGAGAACCGUGCCGGGCUAGAUCAUCGCCUGUUCACAGAACGCUCUCGCCACCAGCUUUUGUCUCCAGUCUGUGUGUGUGUGUGUGUGUGUGUGUUCGUCGUGUUGCAGCGUGUUUUUUUUUUAAAUUUUAAGAUCCCCUUCCUUGUGCCGAGGCUGUUUGUGUGUGUGAUUUUUUUACAAUCUGAUGUUCCCGGAGGCCGCCUGGCAAGGCCGUCCGUGCCCACGCUGCAAUACAUUCAAUGUACAUACCGUAGUCGUAUUGUGUUCAAACCCUGAUUGCAACAGCC